UGUCUGUCCGACAGACCGGACACAGACUGUAACAGACGGCCAACCUUAAUUUAAUCCCCGCUCUUUUAUCUUGAUUACAUUUCAGUCAACCAUGAAGACAGCGACGGACAACAGGUCAGUGUUUGGGGCAGAGUAGAAGUUCAAACUUUUUUUGUGAUUUAAUUAUGCAAACUAAAAGGACGCGGACCGCAGCGACACCGAGCAGCCGCUCCGCAGCCCGUCACAUGUGAAGGACCGAUGGACGAUGUGAACGCUGGCCCGAACCGGGACUGAGUCUCCUGCCCGGGUCUCCUCGGGCUACAUGUCACCCUCCUCUCCGUACCAGAUGCCUCUGCGGGGCGACGGGGGCUACAAGUCGGCACCGGUGUCCCCUGCUCCGCCUGUCCCACCGCGGAGGGUCAGGGGCUCCGGCCGGACGCGGCGGUCCGGAGCCCAGGCGGCGGGGUCCGGAGCAGCGGAGAGGCGGGUGAAGUGCGUGCUGGUGGGAGACGGAGCUGUGGGGAAAACCAGCCUGGUGGUGAGCUACACCACCAAUGGGUAUCCGACCGAGUACGUCCCCACGGCGUUUGACAACUUCUCAGCGGUGGUAUCAGUGGACGGUCAGCCAGUCAAACUACAACUCUGUGACACAGCCGGGCAGGAUGAGUUCGACAAGCUGCGGCCUCUGUGCUACACCAGUGCGGAUGUGUUCCUGCUGUGCUUCAGCGUCGUCAGUCCUGCCUCCUUCCAAAACGUUCCUGAGAAGUGGAUUCCAGAGAUCCGGAGACACGCACCCUGCGCUCCCCUCGUCCUCGUUGGGACGCAGUGUGACCUCCGAGAAGAUGUCAAGGUUCUCAUUGACCUGGCUAAGUACCGGGAGCGACCCGUGGACCCAGCAGAUGCCCGCGACUGUGCGAUGGAGAUUGGAGCUGUGUCCUACAUGGAGUGCUCUUCCCUGACCCAAAAGAAUUUGAAAGAAGUGUUUGACACGGCCAUACUGGCCAGCCUGCAGAACUACAGCUCCCAUAAGCACCCGAGAGGGAAACAGAAACGAAGAAAAAAGCAAAGGCAGACACCGGACAAGAUGAAGAGUCUGUCCAAGUCAUGGUGGAAGAGGUACUGCUGUGUGGCCUAGAGCAUUUUGGGUCCAAGACUCUGAUCCUCUGUUGACUUCAGCUGGGUUUGGGUUCUGCCUGGACAAGCUUUCAGUUUGAGUUUCUGUCUGAUGGAGCCUGAUGUUGAGCAGGACCUUGACUGGACCGUUGCUGGGAACCAAAGUAAGACUGUCAUGGAUCUACAAUUUUUUACUUUUUGUUUUUAUUUGAAGAGGGGUUUUAGUCUUAUCAUAAAAGAGAUUAACAACCGAGCCCAGCCUGGUUCUAACAAAACCUGCUCUAAUGACAUAGCUUGUUUCUAACCUGGUUUCAACCUGGUGCCUCCAGUAAGAUCCCUCUGAAGGAGAAGGUGAUCCAACCUCUCCUGGAAUUUAACUGGUAUGUACUGGGACUAGCAGGAGACCCUUUCCAUGUCAUAGUGGAAAGGACAAUGUUGCUUAUGAGUAGACCGGUCCAGAUUUGAACAACAAAAAGUAUUGUCUGUGGUUAACUCAUAUAAUGGAAUAGUGUUUAGUCUGGUGAUCUCGUAAUAACCGUCGCGACCUGGUAUGGAUUUAUGUCUGCUUUAUGUAUGUAUGCUUGUCCCAUAGCCUGGAACUGAGCUUGACUCUCUGAAACUGCAUCUUAACCUCCUCUGUCUAACGUGUUUCCUACACUCAUGAUUAGAAACAACUGCUGACUGAAGCGUCUUUCUGAUCAGAAUUUGUCCUUAUUCACAUUAUUGACAUGAAAAGAAGAAGUAAUUCAGUAUUUUCUGACAUGAUCGCCAUGAUCAGUCAACAAAUCCAGCACAGGUUGAUUUUAGAAACUUCUUGUUAUGGCUGGGACCAUUGUUGCUCUGAUGACAGACUUUAUUAAGCAGCUAAUCAUUGGUCAUAUGCUCAGUUUAACAAGGUGCAUCCUAUAAACCUGAUCUGAAACCUGAAUCAUGGUUUACCUUUUAUUUUAGUCUCGGUCUGAACAUUUCAUGGAAUAAUGUCCGGCUUAGUUUAAGUGCGUUUUUCUUCACGUCCCACUGUUGAAUACCAAACAUUCACCAAAUGUAUUAACUCUCUGCUGAAUGAAGCCAGACAGGGAAUACGUUUGGUGAGUCUGAGGUGUAAGGCGCAUAUUGUAUCUUAUUUGAAAAGAACUAAUGCUGAUAUCUUUAUCCCCAUGAGGGUAAAAUAAGGUCAUUCAUCGUCCUCAUCUAUCAUACAUAAGUAUUAAAGGACUCAACAGUCUGCGCCUUAUGUAUGUGGUUUGGUUAAACAAAAAUAUGUGAACUCUGGUGGUGGUGGACUGUGGACUGGCUAGCACUUGACCUUAAGAAGGACAUUUUGUAAUUUAAUUGAUUUUCUUCUCUUCAUCAUGAUCAUAUUGUUCCACAAGCCGCAGCUUUGCUCAGUAUGACAAGUGACUUCUGCCAAACAGCCGCCAGUAAGUUACGGGACACUUAGCAGCCUUACUGUAAGUGUGAGCACUUAACAGAAUUAGAUCAAACAAGUGCUCUUUGCAUGUGUUUGAAUUUACAAAAUGGAGUCAGAUGUUUAUUUCUGCAGCUCUGUAGCCAGAAAAUACAUUUAGCUUUUCAAUGCAAUUAUGUAUCUAAGUUUGAAUUAUGUACAUAUUCAGUGAACUCUGUUCUUAGUAGUUAUGAGCUAUAGUUAGAUUUAUCAUUUUUGUUGCUCUGCGUUUGUUCCUUUUACCCCAAAUAUGCCAAUUAUUAUAACAGAUGUAACCAUUGAUCAAUUCUAUAAUACUGCUAUAAUACUAGACAUCCUAUUUGUCCCUCCUAUGUCUUGUGUGCUCUGUUAGUUUUGCAGCCUCUUUUAUCUCCAGUAGAUUAAGUUCAUAUGUUGUAAAGCAGAAAUAAAAAGGCAAACUAAAACGCAAAAUGUGUGGAUGUCAAACAGUCAGCUGCCACACCUUCCUUUGUACAUUGUAGAUUCUAAAACAAGAACAAAACCCAAUAAUCUACAACUAGUUCUCCACCGCGCCUUCAUCAGAAUGGGUCUUUGUAGUAGAGCCACUGCAGCAGAAAGGAAAAGGGUUCAACCCAGUUGAAGUCUGCAAUGGAUUCAAGGCAGAUCUGCCAUUUUUCUAAUGUGUAUCAUGAGCACAGAAAAUAAUUUUCACACAUUGACAAAUGUGUGGUUCAAAGUCACUUCUCUACUGGUGCUAAAUGGAGUGAUCUGUGAUGUGCCUUGAAAUUCAACAAAGAAUAAGUCCUUUUAAAUUUAACUGCACUGAGAACAAAACAUGUUAAAAUUGAAAAGAAAAUCACAGUUUGGCGUUUAUGCAGGGUUUUCAGUCUAGUUAUUGCAAACUGAGAUGAGACUGCCAGAAGAUGCACAAUCAUAGUAGAGGAUUUUUAUGAUAAAAGUAUGUGGAAUACUAAGUCACCCAAGCACAAUUGAAGCUUGAAAUUGGCACCAAAGUUUGAUUUUUAACAGACUUUUCUUUAAAAGAUGUCCUUAUGAUUUUACCACAAGUUGUGUACUUAUGCAUACAGUGUUGUUUUCUCUGAGAGAACUAAGAACUUUAUCUAAAAUGUAUCUGAAAUCCAAAUUUUGAUUUUAGGCCUGAGAGUAAAACUAAGACUCCAGAUUUUCAGAAAAUGCUCUACUGGAGCUGUUUGGUAGAUUUCUGCUGCAGACGAUACAACUGCGACUGAAUGGGUUCACUGUGUCUCGAUGUUUUACUCAUGAUAGCAAAUGCAUUGUUUCUUGCUAUGGGGAAAAAAAUGCAUAAUAAGUUGCUUGUCUUUCUGUUUGUGUGCAUUCUUGGCUGAUGGUGGAUUUAAGUAGGGUAAAGGUCACACAGACCCUUAUGACAGCUUGCAUUUCCUCUGUCAGGUCUGAUCCGUUUUACCUACGUACAUGUAUGAUUUAUAGAGAGCACAUGAGUUUCUCUUCACAGUGGGUGUGUUUGCAUACAGCAUGUGAUUUGGGCCUGUUUUAAUACAGAGAAAAAUAUAAAACCUGCUGUUUUGUGUUAGUUUAUUCCUGUUUAAAUAAAUGAAAACAACAUAAAUGAUGAAAACAAUAACCUGCAUGUUUCUGACAAAGACUUGAGGAUGACUCCAUCUUUGCUUGGUUCUCCUCUAACUCCUGGUAAAUUAAGCGUAUGCUAUAAUCAUUGAAAGUGAGCCCCUGCCGUCUCCUCCUGCAUCAAGUGAUUAUUAGUUUCAUAGUAACACAAGUAGAGAGAGGGCAUUCGUUUUUUAACUGAAGUUAGCGAAAGCUUCUGGCCGUACCAGACCAAGUAAUGCUGGAGCAGUGGAAACAUUGUGCUUUUCUUUUCUUAUGAAUUCAACUUUUCAUGUGUAAGGCUAAGGUUGUGCUAUUUCCUUAUUUCAAAAAUGACAAAGUUUCGCUUUAGUGUUUUAACUGCUUGUCAAGACCCAGCCGAGGCUGGUUGAUCCACGGUGGUGUGUGUGUCGACAGAUGAACGGCUUUGUUAUGUUGAACAGAUGGGUCUCUGAAAGUGAACUGUUGUGUUUUAAGAGAGUCAGAGGAGAGACAUUAAGGGUGACUGUCCACACUAUGUAGACAGAGUGGUGUGCUGCAAAGUCUGUGUUUUGUUGAAGGUUAGACAGAAAUGUUCAUGCUCUGUUUUUGGGACAGGUGCAAAGUCUGGAUGUGGAUUGGAAAAUAUGAGUAUGACUGUAAUGGCUGACUUAAGCUAUUGUGAAUAAUUUGGUGUUGGAAUUUACAAACCAUAUACAAAAUGAAACAGUGUCUGUAUGUGAAUGACCUCGGAUAACUGGAAGAAAAUCAUUUUUUAAUAGACUUUACUUGACACUAAAUUCACAUAUAAUCCAGUGAGUUUAAACCAAAGCUGACAGCCUGGGGAAACAGACAGAAUGGUUCAUUCUUGAGAUUUCCUUGUUUUAUUGAAGUUGAUACCCCCUAAAGCACACCUGAGCUUACUCUCAUGGGCCACCAGCUGAGAGCUUCUCACCCCACUCAGCCUGUGUGAAAAACACUUUUUUCCUGCAUGUAAAAACAUUGCAACAGAGCGCACGCUGCUGCAAUCUGCUCACACUGAAUUCUGUUUGACCGAGGACGUCAGUCAAAAUGAGCGUGUUUGUACAGAAGUUUUAUACCCUGAGAAAUAAAGAAUAUUUGGUA